AUGGCGGACUACCAAACCCCCAAGAAAACCAGGAUCUUCUUCAAUGAGGUGAAGUAUGCAUCACACGACUGCGAUCACUACAACCUGCUUGAUGUGACUGUUCAGCUAAACGGGUACCGACAAUCGUGGAAGUAUUUCUACUCUGUUGCUGCCAAUGGCUUCUUUUGGUUCAAGUGGGGCUCCGCCUACAAGAAGUAUCCUUUUUUCCCCACACAACGAGGCACGCAGGAACUAAAUGGCAAUGGUGCCUAUCUGGGAUGUCGGUCAAUGCGGUCACGGUUGCUGUCGUCAUAUGGUCUCUCAGUGCCAAGAGAUACAGUCCUCCAGCUUCAGCGUGAGUUAGACAUGAGGUCUUGCCAUCGGCUACCAAGGCGUGUCUACAUUAACAAAGGACCAAAUUAUCUCGUCCAUAUCGACGGUAAUGAUAAAUUAAAACCAUAUGGUUUUGCAAUUCACGGAGCCAUAUGCGGGUUCUACUGGAAGAUAUUGUGGCUUGAAGUGUCUAACACGAACAACAAUCCAUACGUUGUUGCCUCUUACUUUCUGAAUUUUAUUGAAACGCUGCAAGGUGUCCCAAGAUGCAUCAGAAUGGACGCAGGGACCGAGAACGGUGUCAUUGAAGACAUGCAGAAAUCAUUCAGGUGGCGACACACUGAUGAAAUGGCAGGGGAGAGUUCUGUUAUAAUUGGAAGUUCUAAUUCAAACCAAAGGAUAGAAAGGUGGUGGAGAUCCAUGAAGGAAGGUGGCAUUGCUUUCUGGAUAGAUCUUUUCAAAGAUUUACAGAACACAAAUGCCAUCAAUUUUUCUGAUGAUUUUGAAAGGGACUGUCUCCGAUACAGCUGUAUGGACGUGAUUCAGGCGGAUCUAAACAGAAUAAGAGACGAGUGGAAUACACAUCUGCCGAGGCGGGUAAACGGUCAGCUUAAUGGGAGACCAGAUUUGAUGUACAGCAUGCCAGAAAUGUAUGACGCCCACGACUACAAGUUUCAAGUGUGCGCAACGGACGUUGCCGACUUGUUGCAGUGUUGCACCCGACCUCGUCCCAAAGGAGUAGACGAUGACUUUCAGACUCUGUGCGACGAAAUCGUCCGCAACCAGGCAAUGCGUCCGCCCUCCAACAGCCAGGAAUGUUUAGUCUUAUUUGAUCUACUGACUGCCACAUUAACUCACUAG